ACGCCCUCACCUCCGCCUUCCCAGCUCGCAGGAACCCUUUAGCGACCAGGUCUAGCUCCCAGCAGCAUACCCACGUGGUUACUAACCUGUCCACACUAAGUGUUUAGCCACCUUUCCCGCCGGAAUUGAACGUUCUCUAAUCACUGCUGCCUCUGGAUAUUCAACCAUGGCGACACUGAUUUCGAGAGCGUGCACUAUGCAGAUGCCAAUUCGCCAUUCAGAAUUAACCUCAAUUCGGCAAGCCCGUGCUUCCCUGACGUCCUCGUUCCUCCCAAAGCUCCACUUCAAUCCCCUGGCCACCUUGCAGUGUCGCAAGCCUCACAGUCACCAUGCGCGUCGCGCUGCUCCCACAUGCGCGGUGCGAGCGGACUCCAGCAACAAGGAGCAAGUGCGGUGCAACGCCAUCGGAAUGCUCACGCCAGAGCCUUAUGUCGACGACAGGAAUACUUUCCUCGAUGACGUUCAAGACACGGUCCUUAGAGCCCCUGCUGCCGCGUCGAAUUGGAUCAAGUCCAAGAUUUCCCCUCGAGUUCGCGGACUCGCGCUGCUCAAUCUGCUCACCUUUCUAUACGGUUCCAACCUAUCAGUGAUCAAGGAGGGCCAAUUAGCGCUGGACGCGUUCAGCUUCUCCAUCGGCCGCUUCGCCAUCGCAGCGCUCGCCUUCGCGCCGUUCCUUCGCAAGGCUCUCGACAACCCCGCGGCACGGCGAGCGGGUCUGGAGCUGGGCGUGUGGGCCAGCGCGGGGUACGUCGCUCAGGCCGUCGGGCUGCAGACCACAGAGGCGGGCCGAGCGGCGUUCAUCGGCACGUUCACGGUCAUUGAAGUUCCGCUGAUUGCGGGCCUUGUGUUCGGAGCUAAGAUCCCCUACAUCACGUGGGCUUCUGCCGCUGCUGCCGUCGUCGGCGUCGCUCUGCUGGAAACCGGCGCAUCCGACUCUUCCCUCCUGGGCGAGAUGUGGACCAUCGCGAGCGCGCUGCUCUUCGGCAUCCACAUGCUGCGGUCGGAGCACCACACGCGCCACGUGGACCCCUCCAACGCCAUCCCGCUCAUCUCGCUGCAGCUCUCCGUCACCGCCGUGCUCUCCAUCGCGUGGAUGCUGCUCCUCAACUUCAGCGGCGUGCCCAUCCCGGGCCUCAAUUCCCUGCUCGCGUGUGAUUGGGGCGCCAUCCAGGCGUGGCCGUGGUGGCAGAUGGCGUACACGGGCGUGCUCUCCACCGCCUUCUGCCUCUGGGUCGAGGUCGUCGCGCUCAGAGACGUCACGGCGGCGGAGGCCGCCAUGGUCUACACGCUCGAGCCGCUCUGGGGCGCCGCGUUCGCGUGGGUCCUGCUGAACGAGCGGUGGGGCGCCGUUGGCUGGGUCGGCGCGGCCCUGAUUCUUGCCGGCAGUCUGACAAUGCAGCUGUUCGGAAAGAUGGAGGAGCCUGAGAAGGAGGGGGAGGAUGGCUCUCCGAUGCCGCUGAUGUCAGCACUGGGAGUGGCGGCAACCAUGGCGCUGCUCAUGGCCCUCACUGCUGACGUGGACGAGGCUGCUGCAGGCCAGAUGCUGCUGCCGGAGGGGCGGACAGGAGAGAGCCAAGUAGAGAUGCUGCUAGAGGCCAAGGAAUUGUGAGGUGCUGCCUACGGUUCAUCAUGUCAAAACUCAGCUCCGGGUGAAUUGUCGGAAGGGUGACUGAUGCGGACUCCAGGAAGGGAGUGAAUACUAGUUCUGAAGGGAGGGAAGAGGUGCGUCAGGAGCGGUUUGGAAGCAGUGUAGCAUAGACGACGCACGUUGGCGACGUGAGCAGCUGUUUUGUGUCAGCCCAACAUUGUUCGUGAAUGGCAACCUCGGCCGUGCGGCUGCGGUGACCUGGAUGGGUUUGGAUCCAGGCGUUCGGCUUCGUGCACCGAUUUGUGCACACACACACCCCUCAGCUGCCAGCAGUUUUCCCGUCUUCGCUGGGAGCAGAGAAUUGCAGUGAAUGAGGAGUUGCGUGGUGGAGUGGGAGGUUCCUCCACGGACUUCUGCUGCUGCAUAAAUUUUGUCCCUCUGACCAGGGAAUCAGUUUUGUAACAUGCGAUGAAUUCGCAGCAACGAUUAACACGGGCUUCUCAGCUGCAGGAGAUGAGCAUACUAGUAAGGUAGGACUACAGGUUGUUGCAACCAUUAGAGCUAAUGCCUCUUCUUUCUAUGAUUCACUUCUAUGUGUAAGUCACCGGACAAUGUUCUUUUGAUGCUAAUAAUUUUUACCUAAACUC